CCUCUGCUCAUUUCGUAUUUUGUAUUUUUCGCAUUUGAUUUCAUUCGUGAAAUGUGCGUCGUUCGGUGAUGACGGGCGACGGCUUGUGUUUGCCAUGAGCAACAUUUACAAAUAUUGUCGCCAACUGCAGGCCAAAUUUGCGGUCGCGUAGCCCCCGGAAAUGUCUCAUGAAUAUCAAUAAUAGAUAUAUAGUGUAUACUAUAUAUAUCCAAGAAAACCAAUCAACCAACCAAAGAACAACCAACAAAAAGAAGAAACGAUCCAAAAGAAAUCAGUUCCUAUGCAGCUACAUUCGAGUUUAAAUGAAAUUGAGCAAGAGCCUGGCAAAUUGUCGCACCAUCCGGCGAUAUUUGCUCAUCUUUACGGCCGUCUCGUUGCUGCUACUGCCCCUCUCUCUGGUCUACCUGGUGUGGAACGAGCAGCUGCAGAAAAUACGUGGAUUCGAGGCCUUUAAUGUGCAACAGCAGCAGCAGCAGCCGCCACAUCAGCAGCAGCAGCAACAACAGCAGCAUCAGCAGCAACAGCAACAGCAGCGGCAGCGGCAGCAACAACAGCAGUCGCAGGGGCAAACAUUUCGAUAUCCGGUGCUGCUGCUGAACAAGAACAAGAACAAGGAUCUGACCGUGGUGGCAACGGGCAAGACAAAGAACAAGUGGCGCUAUGUUGAUAAAGACAUCAAUCAGACACGCCUGCCCCUCAUUCCCGAGUAUGCCGUGCAGACACUUUCGCCGCAGGAAAUGCUUCAGGUGGAGCAGCGAAUGGAUCAGCGGAGGGAGCGACUGAAGGACAAGUGCUCGGCCUAUGGCCUGGAUGUGUUAGGUCACGACUCGUGGCACACCCCAAACACAUGGGAGUUUUUGGUCAACAAAAAGUAUCACAUUAUAUGGUGCAAUGUGUUUAAGGCUGCCUCCUCAUCGUGGAUGUUCAACUUCAAUGUUCUGGCCGGUUACUCACCCAGUUAUUUGCGCAAAACCAAAAAGAUUCUCCUGAAUCUGGCCAGAGAACGCUAUCCGCGAGUGACCCUCGACGAGCUGCGCGAGGCGCAGAAUGACUCGCUAACCUUUAUCAUUGCACGCAAUCCCUUUGAGAGGCUGUUGAGCGCUUAUCGCGAUAAGAUGGUGUUCGCCCUGCCCUAUUCCUUCCAUGACAAGCUGGGCCGCAGCAUUGUGCGCAAUUAUCGCAAGAAGCCUUCCCUGGUGGCCCGAGCGCCCAACACCAAGUAUCCUUCGUUUCCGGAGUUUGUCAACUGGCUGCUCGACCAGGUGAAGCGGGGCAGCUUCAUUGACAUGCACUUUGUGGCGGCCACGUCGUUCUGCACACCCUGUCUGAUUCGUUUCGACAUGAUACUGAAGUUCGAGUCGCUCACAGAGGAUCAAUUAUAUCUAAUCGAAAAGACUGGCCUGAAAAGGGUGAUAGCGCCCGUGUGGCGCAACAUGGGCAAAGGUGGCCGCAAGACGCACGAACUCCAGCAGCAGUUCUAUGCUCAGCUCACAAGGCACGAAAUGCUGGAGCUCUACGAGUAUUACAAAUAUGAUUUCGAGCUGUUUGACUACGAUAUCCAGGAGUAUCUACAGGUAGCCAGACCAGACGAAUCAUCCGGCAGUCCAACGGCCACAAAGAAUUAACCCAGCUCUAAAUUCGUAGAAUUUGCUAACGAAAUGAAUUAGUUCAACGAAAAUACAUAUUAGCCGUCACAGUACGUAAUUGCAAAUGUUGAUAAUACUGAAUGAAUACAAUAAUAAAC